AUGGAUCCCUAUCAAGCAUUCUCGGCACUGGCCAGUGUUGUCGUCAAUGAAUACAGGACCUCACAAGCGAUGUGGUUUUUGUGGAUGGCGAAUCUACAGGCCGCAAACAGCCAACAAGAAGAGAUCGAUGGGUGCAUGUCUAUGGAUCAAUCGGAGAUGUAUGCCGUUCUUAAAAUGCCAAGGUUCAUCGGGAAGAGGAGCUUUCCAACAGAGACAAGCACAAGAAAAACAGCACGACGAUAUCCUUCGGCAGGUGUUAAACAUGUGGAUGGCAUUAAAUGGGAUUGGGGUGACGUCGCACAAGACAUCCUGAAAGAAGAGGCCCAUACGCUAUUAAAAGAUGGCGCGCCACGCCUAAAGGGUCAAAUGCCUAACGGCUUCUUCAAAAUGAAGUACCAUGGCCUUAUCAUGGCGUUGAUUGAGAUAAGCGAUCCGCCGAACACCAAGGACCACAUCCGUUUCGUUGGCGACAAAAUCAAGCUCGCCAAGAAUCUGAAGCACCUGCUGAAGAAAGUGCGUGAAAAGCUUAAACGCAAAGGCGACCAUGAGCUAUACCAAUGCAUCAAGGUAUACAUAAGGCAUCAAGUUUACAAUCACAAAUUGUAUCUUUAUUCUCUUCGCCAACCAACACAUGGCAUUUACGUAUUUCAAGAAGAAUUCCACUUUGAUCUUUCAUGCGAGGUUGGCUUCUUUUCCUAUUUCCUUCCAAGGUGCUUGAGGAAGUUGUCCAAAGUGCAGAUGUUGCUAAAUGAAAGUUCACAAAGAAUAUCUCGGCCCGGACUACAUGGUCAACAUGUCAGAGGCUUGUCAAGUUCUCGUGGCUGUCGUAUACCUCGCUGUUGUAUCAAGCAAGAAAUAAAGGCACGCUUUAAAAAGAUACCUACAUAG